UCCGAAAGCAAAACAAACGCAGUAUCACAUCAACAGUAAGCGCGCAAACGUUUUUUUUUUUUUCAAACAAACGUCAUUCUUUCCCAUUCUUAUCGCAAAAUGCCCGUCUUUCUCGAUGAGAUUCUUCUUCAGAUCUUUCGAUACUUUGAUGCAUUUAUUUUGACCAAGAUCUGCUCGGUGUGUAAGCAAUGGAAUAGCAUUUCAAAAACUCCUUCACUAUGGCGCCGUCUUGUACUUCGCAGAUGGCAAUCACAAAGAUUUCUAUUUGCAAACGUUCCUCCAUCCAGUGUCAACUGGAGAAAAGUCUACCAAGAAAUUUUUCAGCGAGGAAACUUCUCUCCAGAUGAUAUGAAAUACUUUAUUUCAAGUCGAAUUGGCGAAGACGAACUUGUUGUGGCAGAACUUCGCGAAGCCAUGCUUCAACACAUGUCAAAAGUACUUGUCAAGUGGGCCGCCUCACAUCCGUUUGAUGGCGAAGACAACGCUAACUAUCCCCAAUUCAAUCGAAAUUUCGACUUUUACUACGAUACCCACAAUCUCCAAUGGACAUUUAUUGACAAGCGGCAAGAGUACAUCGAGGAUUUGAUGGGCUACAAACUCUCCUCCAAACUGUCAAGAAGGGCACGCUAUAUUCGACCGUACCAAGUUAUGGCAAGCUGCACGAUGCUCUACCGGUGGCUUGUCCUGUUCCGAUCACUGUCUCACGACGACCAUGGCCUCACAUUUUACCGAAUUUGGCGGCAACAUUUAAAACACAGGGAGACCGGAUUAGUAUUUGAGGUUUGUGACUGGAAGGCUGCAAUGUCAUGUAGCUUUCUUAAUGGAAAACCUCCACUUGGAUCCUACAAGGAUGACUGCCUAGAACUGAUGGAUCUCCUAUCUCACCCAAAUUUCAUAAUGCAUCCACAUGGACUCCCAAGUGGAGUACGUCUUCUUGAAUUAAACCCCCCUGAUUUCUCAUCUUCUGACACAAGCCUCAGCCGACAAACCUCCACUUCCUCAUUAGUGUCUCAAACAAUUAAUGUCACUGAUAUUCGGCUAGGCCCCAAGCUCUGGGGAAUGAGUGGUACAGAAAGUGAUGAAGAGUCAGACUCCUACGACAGUGGUUAUUUUACUAACUGUGAGUAUUUUAUCAGUGUCAAUCACUGGGAUGUUGAAGAGCAGCACACUCUACAAACAAGUGUUGCUGAAUCGUGGUCUGUCAUGUUCACCAAAAGGGAACCACACUUGUACCUGGUAUUUGAUGUGAACGAUGAAAGCUGGUAUUUUUACCCAGUCAACAAAUCCAUCACUGAUGACUGGAAGGAUAGUUAUUGGGGAGUAAGGAAUAUUCAGUGUGAUGAUGUAAUACAGUCGUAUCAAGUCCUGCCUCUCCAUGGGACAAGGGUGGAGCCCAUCCCAAGCUGCCUUGCUCUCUACCGGCUGAUUUGUCUAUUUGACUUGAAUGUCAGACACUAUGUUAGUGUUAAUGAGGCUGAUGUAUGGUCUGUCAAGCUUAUUCACAAUCAGACUCAGGCUUGCGUUGAAUUGAAGGAUCAUAAUGGCUGGUUUGAAGUUCUUGUUACCCUGACAGAAGAGCUUUUGGCAGAGUUAAACACUGUGAAAGUGAGACCCCACAUUGAAAUGCAAAGCUACUCAAAGACAGCUACCUCAGAUUGCAUAGAGGCUAUGAAUAUUGGAGGGCUGAAUUGCUCACAUGUUGAUGAUUAUGAUGGUGAUGUUGAUGAUGACAAUGAUGAAACAGAUAACUGUAGUAUUUUUUCUGAACCAGAAAGACAAGAAAGUCUGUUCCACUAUAUGGACGGCUUCCAUCCUCCAGACAUUGAAGAUGAUGCUAUUAAUUUGUAUAGUGAUGAGCAAUUCAAGGGUGGCAAAGCUGAGGGACGAGAGGGGGGAUCCAUUGAAUCAAGCAACCUUGAGUUAUUCAAGUCUGAUGUGGUCACCUUGCUGACCCUGCUAAUGAAUGAGAAAUUUGGUCAUCCUUAUGGCACAAUAGCAGGGGCUGUUGCAUAAUAUAUUUAACAAUUACACUACUGUACGAUUUCAAGUUUUCAAUGAGUCAAUAGAUAGUCAACAAGGCACGUAGCUCAUAGAAAAACGAGAACGAGUAGUCUAAUUGUUUUAGUAUAGAUCCACUAACAUACUACCUUCAAAUAAAUGACGAUUUUAAUAAUUCUCAAAAAUAAAUAACUGCUUUUGGUGUGAAAAUGCUGGCUUUUUCGCUACUCAUUAUCUAUGGCUCAAUAGAUAGUGAGUACAGGAAAAAAUAGAUAGUGAGUACAGGGGCCAAUCAAAUUGCGAGAUUCAUGAUAGUAUGUGAGUGGAUUAUACUAAAUGUGUGUAGUAUAUAUACAAAGUGCACCCCCUUCCUACCCUUCUGUGCCAAGAUUUCUGUGUCGCUUGUUUUAUUUUGACACAAAAAGCUCUGCAUGGGAGGGUAUACCCUUCUAGGGGCUACUUGAAUGUUCGCUGUCGCUCAUUUUGCAGUUUGGGGGUGGAAAAAAAAAUUCUGUUACCUGCUACAGUAAGCAAACUGGGGGCACCGCCAUGCCCCUGCUACAGUAAGCAAACUGGGGGCACCGCCAUGCCCCUGCUACAGUAAGCAAACUGGGGGCACCGCCAUGCCCCUGCUACAGUAAGCAACAAACUGGGGGCACCGCCAUGCCCCUGCUACAGUAAGCAAACUGGGGGCACCGCCAUGCCUCUGUUACAGUAAGCAAACUGGGGGCACCGCCAUGCCCCUGUUGAUCAAUUUUCCUAACAAAAGAAAAUCCAAAUUUCAAUUUUAAGCAAAAGAUACAAAGAUCCUUGUAAAACAAGAGAUAUGACAUCACAUAUAUAAGAAUAAAAGAAAAAAAAUUGG